AUGAAGCUCUCAUCUCUGUUUACAACCGAUGACAGGGAGAAAGAAGAAUUUUUGCUCUUGAUGCAAAUUAACAGCAAUCCGCAUUUUCGAGAACCUGUGGUCUACAGCUUCGUUCGAGUCACGCUCUCACAUCAUCUCUGUAUCGUUAACACGGUCCAGUUAUUUUUUUUUAUCGUGUUAUAUUAUUUCGUUUUCAGCCAGAUUUCUAUUUUUAGGCUCAAGCGUAAGCAGGAUCAUCCGAAGCUGGUCGAAUACGAUAAAAAUGUUGCCGAAUUAAAUGCGCUGCGUGAUUUUAAGACCAAAAUGCUCGAAAGCAACAAACGAUUGCAAAGAACGUUGCAGGAAAAAGAAAAAGAGCUGGGCGAACUGGUGAAGUCGAGCCACGAAAAGGAGGAAUGGGUCACUGAGAUCGAACAUCGCCUCGAACUAAUGACAAUUGAAAAGGAAGUAGCAGAGGAAAAAGCAGAGCUGUUACAGGGUGACAUUGAAGCGGAGAAACAGCGUGCGCAAAACUUAGAAGAUGAACUGAAAGCACUGCGAAGUCAAAUAGAAAAAACCGGCGAGGAUUUGGCGCAGGCUUGCUUUUUUCGAUUUUUUGUCAGGAUUUUUGCUAGCGAUGGGCUACGUUUAAAGCAGUUGGAGUUCCAGAACGAGAAAUUGCGCGAGGCCUUAGUAAAGCUUCGAGAUUUUUCUAGUCGUAUGACGGAAGACAAGCGAAAGUUGGAACAAGAAAAUGAGAAGUUGAGUGAUGAAACGGCAAAAUUGGUGAAAAUUUGUGAGAAUUUGCAGAAAGAUUUACAAACUGCCGAGCAAAACAUUACUACGUUAAGGGAACAGCUAUCUGUUGUAUGUAUUGCAAAAUGA